AGCACGCACCAAUCCCCAACAGCCUCACAUCCCAUUGUGGAUGAGAGGAACGAAUGGGUCUCACUGGUCUGAGUGCUGCAAUGGCAAAAAAGGAAGAGUCUUCUGAGCAGCCCAACCCUCCUGCAGGCGUUCUGGAAAUCUUUGCUGUCUCUCAGGGGAUCGUUGGAAUCCGAGGAGUUUUCAGCAACAAAUUUCUAGCUAUGUCAAAGAAAGGAAAACUCCACGCAAGUGCGCGCUUCACUGCUGAGUGCCAGUUCCGUGAGCGCUUCCAGGAGAACAGCUACAACACCUAUGCCUCGGCCGUGCACCAUGGGCAGCGCUCUGGCCGCCAGUGGUAUGUGGCCCUCAACAAGCGGGGCAAGGCCAAGAGGGGUUGCAGCCCUCGUGCCCGUCCCCAGCAUGUCUCCACACACUUCUUGCCCCGCUUCCGGCAGCCCCCUCCAUCCCAGCUGGCUUUCACCGUCGCCCGCCCUGAGAAGAAGCCGCCACCCCCACCACCACCGCCGCCCAAGAAGAUGGCCACGUCACGGCACAGCCCCGGUCCUGGCCGCUACCGGCUUAAGUUCCGCUUUGGGUAGUGGCUCCUCAGGACACUGAAGGGCUGCUGGGUAGGGUGAUGCUGGGAUGGACGUGGCAAGGACGUCUGUUGGCAGAGAUGGGACCCACAGU